AAAUGAAUUUCCUCUGAAUAAAGAAAAUUUUGUCUCACUUGGAAAUUAUAUCAGCUGCGCUACACACACCUUCUCCAAUUCCAAUCUCCAAUAGUUUUUCAGCCGAAAUUUAAAAAAUCAACCUAAAAAUAAACCCGUCGCCUCUGUUCCUGUUCCUUUGUUUGCUUUUCCAAAAUAAUAUCCCCAAAGCCCAAAAAUGCAACCAACUGAAUCAGAAAAAGAAACCCAUUCCUCGAAUACAACUCCAGAACAACAAAAUUAUGAUCAUCUUCCAUCUACCAGUUCGAAUAGUCUCCAGGAUGUGGACAGUUUUCUGAGUCGUUGCAAUUGGAAUAAUGAAAAAAUCAACAAUAUCCUACGGUCUCCACCUGGUGUUCGCCAGAAGUCGGUUUUUACAGCGAAUCCUCAAGUGACCAAAUUUAAUGUGAGUGCUGCCCCGUUUGUCUCGAGAACGGCCGCGGCAACGGCAUCGGCUGGAGCACAGCACAGAACCCUGAAUUUCCCGAAGGAAAACUCGAAUUUCGGAGAACAGUACUACAAUCACCAGCGCCAAUCAGCAGCGACAGCCUACGAUAACCUCGCGGCCAGAAUGAUGCGCAGUCUAUCAGCCCGCUGCAGCCCUUCGGCAAUGUAUCAUGGUUCUUCGGGUGGUGCCAUGAAGUCUGCUGCUUCCAAUGAUAUGCGUCCUAUUGUCAUAAUGCAUCCUGGUAAUCUAUCUCCAUCGAUGCCAACGUUCUCUAGCCGAACCAGCAAUCGGGAUUAUGAGAAUUCAUAUGCUGCUGGACCGAUGCCAUUGCCAAAUGGAACUAUUCACAUGCGUCUGAGGGACGGUGUUUGCAUUGAUAUGACACUUGACAAGGCUGUUCGUGUGUUCAAUACCCGUAGCUUGGUUGCUUUGGCACUUUCAAGCAAUGGAAGCAGUUCGGCUAUGGUCCAUCCAAACGGCAGAGUCUACCAAAAUGGAUCUCGAGUGGAAAUAGUUACCUACGAUGGCAUGAAACGCAACAAUUAUGUGCGAUAUGCAAAAAUAUGGUACAAAGGAGUGAGUUUUACGAGUGAAAACUGCGCCCUCACUUAUCUCGUUGAUGCGGCUGGCACAAGGACGACUACAGACAGCUUUAUGGAUAUGAGGAAGGAUUAUACAACUUUCGUGUUUUACAAUGACUCCCGACAUGGUCCAGCGUGUGUACAAGAGGCCGCUUCAGUUGUUCAAAGUUCAAAACUAUCCUAUUCAGAGGAUGGCUCCGAGACAUACGAAAUUAAUGGAUUUCGCAUAUCACAAGCUGCUGAUGGUUUAGUGAAAUUGACCCGGACCCAUAACAAGUGCCUCAUUCGAACAAGCCCCACUAAUGGAUCGGCAACUUUGACUACGCCAGCAAUUCACUGUACAGCAUCGCUGGGAAAGACUUCACACAUGUUUGUGAGACGUAAUGAAAAACGAAUGCACUUUGAUGGAUCCUGUUUCAUAGUUCGCAAUGCUGGACAUUCGGCAGGAUUCAAUGACGAAAAUUUACUGAUUGUUUACUAAGAUGCGUUGGUACUCCUCCACCUGCUCUGCUGCUCCUCUAAAACACGCUCAUUCAUCAUUGUCAUCAUAUCGCAGAGUUAUGAGAGUCUGUCCUUUUUUGUCUGUCUUUUGGAAGUACUUAGUUGAAAAUGGGAAAUUUCAAGCAUUUACGACCUUUUGUUUCCAUCAUCCGAAUAUUUUUCUCUUUUUGAAAUUUUCAAUUUAUUUGUUUUUGGCGCAGUUGGUGUUUUUAUUUUCAUGUGUGUUCUUUUUAAAAAAAGUCAAGUUUUGUUUUUGUAUUUUAAUCCUCCUCCGUACAUUUGAAAAGUCAACACAAUUUGAAGUAGGAAUGUAACUCCUACUUGGGACAAAAACACACAGAGUAGAUUUUUAGAGUGUUCCCAGUUGAAUUUCCUUUUGCCAAAAGUUAGUGAUCAAAGGCAAAAGUUGUAUGUAAAAAGCGAAAGUACAUAAUUUUCAAAUGAUGUAUCAAGUGUAUGUGACACAAGUUUAAUUUGUUUAAUUAUUAGAAUGUUGAAAAUAUUUUUAAAAAAUUAUUUUUCUGUGUAAAACAAAUUCGUCAAAUAUUUAUUCAUCAGCAAUAUUUUUAAGAAUUUUAUUUUAUUGUUUGAUUCGUUUUCAUUUCAAAUACCAAAAAAAAAAGAAGAAAUUAUUAAAAUGUUGUUCAAAAAUUAUAAACUGUAUCAAUAAAAUUACUAUUUUAGAAUUUUGUA